UCGGUACAAAUCAUGCUGGCGCAUCGUAUGUGCCUCUAUCACUGCAUGUGUAUAACGUACGUAUGACUGUAUGUUGGGAACAGAGCGCGGACUCCGUCAGCGGCGGAAUAGGCGACUACCAUUGCAAGGUUAUUUACAGACUACAGUUAUUACCUUCCUUCCAACAUUUUACAUAAUAUUGGUGCUAACUGUAGCAGUGGAUGUUAAAGCAAACCGUGGCUAAUUAUAAUUCUGUUGCGCGUCCUUGUGUGCUUUACUGUGGUAUAGCUGUACACACUGCGUCAGAUUGUGAUCGGAUAGAUUCAGCGCUUAAACAUCGUCGACGCAGUGAAGCGCACAUUGAAAUGGGAACAUCCGUUCGUCUAUGUUUUUUCUUCCUUGGAUGAAACCAUCGGAUUUUAUGUGAUUCUUGUAUAAUUUGCUACUUUGUCUAAUUGAGAAUUAGUAGCUAAUCUGCUGGAUUGGGAAUUGUUCUUUGAAUCGCAUAUCCACACACCAGGAAGUCGUAAAGUGUUAUUGUAUGACAGUUGUCAUUUCCUAUACGCGCGAUUUCCAGACGAGGAUGUUAUGUUGACGGUGCACUCUGGGUACACGGUGCUGCAGCUGAAUGGCGUCGUCUGCGUCUCUGAAUAUGUGAAUGGCUGCGGGGCAUCUCUCGCAACCCCAGGCCGACCUUUACGUAGGACACGAGAAGAAGGCCACCGAUACGACCAUUCCCAUCAAAGAGUACGACUGGAAACGGCACAAACUGACUCUGGCCGACAAGUCGUCGUCGGAGCCAUUCGCCAAUCAGUCCUUCGGCCAGCCGCGCGGCACGGCGGGUUACAGUGUCACCGGAUCGUCAUCCACACUGUCCCUAGACGAGGACAAAGAGGUCAGCCGCCGCGAGACCGAGCGGCAGGCGUUGAAGCUGCUGGAGAAAGCUAGAAGCAAGCCGGUGGCCUUUGCGGUGCGCACCAAUGUCAGCUACGACGGCACAGCGGACGACGACUCUCCGGUGCACGGCUGCGCGGUGUCCUUCGCCGUGAAGGACUUCCUGCACAUUAAGGAGAAGUACAACAAUGACUGGUGGAUCGGCCGACUGGUCAAGGAGAACCACGAUGUGGGAUUUAUUCCCAGUCCGCUGAAACUGGAGAAUCUCCGCCUGCAGGCCACCCCGGCCAGCCUGCGCAACACCCAGAGCAGCUCCGUGCCCAAUCUGGGAGCGUUCGGUGCCGGCGGGGAAUCGGCCUCCUCCAGCCGCCGCGGCGGACACACGUCCCGCAGCUCCACACCCCCGACGCCGGGCCUGGAGCUGGACAACGGGGACAGUGCCGUCGGUGAGGACAGCGACUCCAAGUCGGGCAAGAGCAGCGCGGUGACAUCGCCGCUCAAGCAGAAGAAGAAGCCUUUUUUCAAGAAGACAGAAGCCAUUGCGCCUUAUGAUGUUGUGCCUACGAUGCGGCCGGUUGUGGUUGUCGGUCCCGCGCUCAAAGGAUACGAAGUCACCGACAUGAUGCAGAAAGCCGUAUUUGAUUUUCUCAAGCACCGCUUCGAGGGACGGAUUAUCAUUACACGGGUCCAGGCGGACAUUGCCCUGGCCAAACGGUCCCUCAUGAACAGUCCCAAUAAGCGAGCGCUCAUGGAACGGAGUGUCAGCCGUUCGGGGACCAUAGCGGAAGUGCAGGCGGAAAUCGAGCGGAUCUUUGAGUUGGCACGCUCCAUGCAGCUGGUGGUGCUUGACUGUGAUACCAUUAAUCACCCGUCGCAGGUCAUCCGGACGUCGCUGGCACCAAUCAUCGUCUACCUCAAGAUUGGUAAUCAAAAAGUCCUGCAGAGGCUGAUCAAAUCCCGCGGGAAAUCCCAAGCGCGUCAGCUGACCGUACAGACCAACACAGCGGAGAAGCUGUCCCAAUGUCCACCGGAAAUGUUUGAUCUGAUUUUAGAUGAGAAUCAGCUGGAAGACGCCUGUGGUCAUCUGCAGGAGUACAUGGAGAAUUACUGGGUCUGCACGCAUCCGCCCCUACCGGAAGUCAUCCCGGAGCCCACCGUCCGUCCCGAGCACCGGGUUCGCACGUUACGCGAUCCCCGCGAACGCUCCAAGGAGGGUCACCUGGGCGAGGGAGGGGCUUCCAAUCGGCGCUCAGUAUUUCGGCGUUCUCCUUCAGACCGACGAGGCCGACAGGCGCAGUCGGGUAGUAAUCAAGCGCAGCAGUCAUCUUCGCUGUCGGUACCGGAGGACAGCCUGGACACCGGCAUCGAUAUGCCCAUCACGCUGCAGCCGGCUCCGCACGGCCGGCGCCUGUCCCGGACUGAGCCUGGUCCGGGUAGGCCUGGUCGCGUCCUGCCCCAACCGCCCACCUCACAGCCACAACCCAGUGGAAGCGCACGCACUGGUGGACGUCGGCUACCGGAUGUGCCGGCACCUGGCAGUGCGAGUGUCAGCCGACGGGAGUCUCAAGUGUCGCAGUAUGCGCCACCUUUUCGUCCUUUUGGUCGGCCUCCCAUAGCCGGCCAACCUGAACGCGAUCCAGAUUAUUACUAGUGGAGGCAUUUUGUUUUCUUUACUGCGGCAGCCAGAUUUACUACGUACAAUGUCAUCUUUACUUGAUGAGAAUUUCUAUGGUAAUUUGAUUCAGCCUUCUCGAGUUAAGACGUUUGUGAGUUUUUAUUUUCGCGUUCGAAGGGAAUUUCAGCGUCGUUUCUUCCAGUCUUGUCGUCGCGGUACUGUAAAGUGUGAACUUGGAUGAAUACUCUGGUUAUUUUAUCAAGUACAGUAAUACAAUAAAAUAAAUUUUUGAUAUGCUGUGAAGCCUGUACAAAAGUACUGUACAUAACAUGAGGUGCAACAAGUU